AUGCUAAACGUAGUGCUUGUCGACGUUGCAGGCAAAAGUGGCUGCUAUGAAGGAGGUGGUGGAUUCACUGCUUCGGAGUGCUAUGCCAGUCAAGGAGUAUGCAGGCCGUGGGGGGAUGAUGUCAGUGUUGCAACGCACGAUGCUGCACUCAUUAGCAAAGAUGACAACAAGGCGGCGAUGACGGUGGCUGGCAUGCAGUGGGAGCAGGUGACCCAACUACAUAGACAGCGUGGCAGCUGCGGCAAGAAAAUCGAUGAGCCGGCAGCUAUUGAGGACGCUGACUGUCAGACUGUCAAUGUAAAAGCGCGCGCGAGCCACUAUUGCGGCUAUAAAUUUAAUAAUAAUGGUGAUGCUAAUGCUAAUGGUAUUGGUAAUGGUCAUGGUAAUGGUAAUGACAAGAUUAAUGGUAACGGUAAUCUUAAAGACAAUGGUAAUCUCAACGGUAAUGGUAAUUAUAAUGGUAAUGGUUAUGGUAAUGACAAUGGUAAUCCCAAUGGUAAUGGUAAUUAUAAUGAUAACGAUUUUAUUAAAGGUAUUGGUAUUGAUCAUGGUCAUGGUAGAGGUAAUGACAAUGGUAAAGUUAUCGGUAAUGGUAAUGGUCAAGGUAAUGGUAAUAGUAAUGGUCAUGGUCAUGGUAAUGUUAGGGUCAUUGGCAAUAGUAAUGGCAAUGGUAACG